CGUCCUGCGCGCCAUCUCAGUGCCGGGCGACCGAGCCGCCGGAGCACACUUUCGGAUACGCGAUGUGUGAUAUAUCAAAAGUAUCAAACUGACUGAGUGACAGUGACUAAGGAGUUUUGGUGUUGAUUGUACCUUGACUGCUGAGAAUGCGCGUCGUUCGUAGUGUUGUCGGUUGUCGAUAGUCAAGAUAUCGAGUGGAAAUCGGACCAUGGUGUUGGAAGGCGGGCUGCCGGCGCCCCUGCAGCUGUACGCGGCGGCGGCGGCGGGCCUGGCGCCGCGGCCAGCUUGGCCCCCCUUCCUGCCGUUCUUUGGAGUGCCUCCCCCGUUCCUGGCGCGUCCCCGGCUGCCGCACCCGCUGCCGACGCGCGCGCCGCACGGACCUCCCAGUGAGGAUUCUAAUGAAGACGGAGGGAGCAGUAAAGGUGGUCUCGGAGACGACGACGGUGACAGCGGCAAGAGGAGACGAUCUCGGACGAACUUCAACUCGUGGCAGCUGGAAGAGCUGGAGCGAGCCUUCCUCGCGUCCCAUUACCCUGAUGUGUUCAUGAGGGAGGCGCUAGCGAUGCGGCUGGACCUUAAAGAAAGUCGAGUAGCUGUCUGGUUCCAGAACCGGCGCGCAAAAUGGCGUAAAAAGGAGCACACGAAGAAGGGCCCGGGCCGGCCUGCGCACAACGCGCACCCGCAGAGCUGCUCCGGCGAGCCCAUCCCUCCUCACGAGCUCCGCGCCAGGGAGAGGGCGAGAAGAAGAAAGAAGCUGGCAAAAGCAUUAGAGAGGCAAGCGAGGAAGCUGCGAGCGAAAGGCAUCGCUGUAGACUUGGAAGCAUUAAAAGCAGAAUACUUAGCACAACACAGAAACAGUGGACUGUACUCUGAUUCAGAUGGAGAUAUAGACGGCGAAGAUCUGAUGAUAGAUGUGGUUGGAGGCGACUCGUGUCACGACUCCGGUCCAGAAGACUUCUCGCUAUCUGGCAGACUUCGCGCGCCAUCUGGAACGGACGCUAUCAACAAUUCAGAUAGUUCCACAUCAGAUGGACAUUCUGCGAGGAAUUUCAGCCCCCUACCAGAUCCUCAGUCGUCCUUCUUCAAGCAAUUCAGCACAGCGGCGGCGAAUUUCGACAAAUUCGACUUCGACUCCGGUAGGGCGGUGUCUUUAGACCUUAGUGGCAGUUCGAACACAGAUCCGAACUUAUCCAAAAACGGGGGAACACGAAAACACAAUCCGUUCAGUAUAGAAUCACUACUUAACACGUGAAAAUGACUUUCCCUAGAAUUAGAUGUGCCUAUAGAGGCUCCUGGAUCUAAUUUUCUCAGACACUCGAAUACCUGACCGGCGUUCCGUGAAAAUGUUCCUUUGCUUUAAAAUAAUAAUUGAAUUAUAAUAAGUUGUAAUCAUCUACGGUAUAGGUAAAUUAUUUUCACCUGGCGCUUACACACAUUCACACGACUGUUUGUGGUGUCUAUAAAUAAGCCCAACAAAUUCUGUUGAAUGACAAGAGAGUUAAUUACUGUCCCAAAAAAAGACAUGCUGUAUAUUAAACUGAGAACAAAAUAAUGGUCGAAACUUUAGAAGAAAAAAGUAUGUCUCUCUUGCUCAUAAGACUCUAUUCUUGUCCGGAAAGACCAUCAGUUUUAACUGAAAAGUGUUAUCUAAUCGAAAUUUCAAUCAAAACGACGAUCUAACUGAACAGUUUGACUUUGCAGUUAAAACCGCAGGUCCUUAGCAGUAGGUAGUUGGAGAGCCGAAGAGGGAACUUUUGCAGUUACUCGAGCACGGCAGUUGACAUAAGAGACGUUGUUGAGUAUGAACAAGUAUGAGCUCUUAAUAUUGGUGGGUACGUUUAGACAACCAAAAAAUAAAGUAACUUCAAAAUACUGGAUAAGGAUAAAAUGGCAAUGGAUUAGUUUUUGGCUAAUAGGUGACCGUAACGUAAUGGAAUGGAAUGGUUCCAAAAUUACAAAAUAAAACCCUUAUAUUUCAGUAUCCGAGCCAGAAGCGCGGUUAUUUUAUUAUUACAAAAAAAUAUAUACUUAAUUGUUUAUAUUUUCUAUCAUCUUAUCUAUUAAAUGUAAACGGUCCCCAUGACGCUUUAGUAACUGCAAAUUUAGCAUCCCGGGCUCCCCUUCUACAUACAGUAAGAUUUUGCAUUAUGCGAUUCUAUAGAAACUGCCACCAGCGCAAUUUACGUAUGUUUGUAAGCGUUAGGUUGAAAUAAUUUAAAUAUAAUAAGACUUAAUAGGUACCAGUUUACAUAUCCCUCUGUAAAUAUUAGAUAGGAUUUGUAUUAUAUUAUAGUUUGUAGUGUAAAUAGUAUCUAGGUAUAAUUAUAUUUAUUUUCCUCUUGUUAACAUGUUUUUUUUAUUUAUUUGUGGGGCAAUAACAUAAAAAUUAAAUAUUCGUUGAUCUUUUUUUAUUUUAUUACUUAAAACAUUAUAUUAUUAAACAGAGAAUGUAUUAAAACAUGUAGAUCAUUGUCUAUAUUGUUCUUAAGUCAGCUAUUGACGGUCAAUUAUUCUCACGUUUCUGCAAACGGCAAACGGCAGCGAAGACGUGUCAUAAGUCGAGCCGUCAUGCACGCAGCGACCAAUACACGAUCAGUUAUAGUCGUGGGUGCUGAAGAAACGUGAGAAUAAUUGAUCGUCAGUGGCGUGCAUUAUGUAUCUUCUUAUUAGAACCGUGUUGAUCUGAUAAUCUUCUCUAUUAUUUAUAUUAUAUUAAACAUUAUGUUCAAGUUCAGUCAAAUGUUCUUAACGAAAUCUUGAAACUUCAAGUCAAAUUAAAUUAAAAACAAAAUAUUAAAGUAGAUGUUUAAUAUUGUUUUUAAUAUUUACAAAUUGUUGCCUUCGACUUUGUCCGCAUAAAAUUUGGUAUUUUCUUCGGCUAACAAAAUAAUAAUUGUUAUAAAUUUUACACGUAUCAUAUUAAAUUUUUCAUCAAAAAGUUACUUUUUGCUUAAAACCCUUAUUAAUUGUAGAUUCAAAAUGGAAACUGGAACUGGAGUAAUUACGAUUACUAAAUAAAAAUAAGUUAUGAUUAUUAAAUAACUUUCCUUUUCUUUGAAUUGUAGUUCUUAUUUUACACUAAAAUUUCGGCCUUGCGCUUAAUUAAAUCUAUUAUAUUCGUUUUAGAUCCCAGUUGAUAGGUACUAGGCCGUAAAUGAUUUAUUUCAUGCAAUUUAAUUUACAAGUACCUACCUAACUAAGGUCCUAUCCACAUUACAUAAAGCUAUUAAGCUGCUACACAGUUUCAGAUUGGGUGAAACUAUAACAAUUGAUUGAAUGCAAGAAUACAUUGUAUACCAACCUUAGCCAUGCCUUGGAGUUUUGUUAUUCAUCUGGUUUUGCACUAAAGUAUUUUAGCUGUGUAUAUUUCAACUCCGAACAAUGUAUACCAUAAGUAACUUUUGCAUUUAAAAGUUUACGUUAAUACAAGUAAGUUACCGAUUUCGAAUUAUCAAUUUCAUUAUGUAACAUCCUAAAAAGCAGCAAUAUUAGAAUAGCGCACAUUUUUUGCAUAUAUACCUACCUACCAUCCAGUACCUGUACCUACCAUCGAUCUCUAUUAAAAAGUAGAUGCACAUUCAGCGACCAAAAGACGUCCUCACUCAAUGAGUGCCAAGCACAACUUCUUGGCACUCAAUUCAAGUAGUCGCAAUUGCAAAUUCAACCUUAACCAACUCAAUGCUUAAGGUUGUAUUUGCUCUGAAUUUGGGAUUUUAUUGAAUACUAGCUGACGACGCAUGGUUUCACUCGCGUGGUUUCCAUUUUCGUAGGAAUAUGGGGAUAAUAUAUAGCCUAUAGCCUUCCUCGAUAAAUAGGCUAUCUAACACAGAAAUAAUUUUUGAAGUCGGGCAAGUAGUUCCUAAGAUUAGUGCAUUCAAUCAAACAAACAAACUCUUCAGCUUUAUAAUAUUAGUAUAGAUUGAACUAUAUUUAAAGGCCUUUAGGUAUAAUUUUCUUUACUAAUAAUUCUAAAACUGUCAAAGCAAAAUUGGCCAGGUUUUAAGUGAAAUUUUCUACAUAAUUGUGCGUCCUUUUAUUAAAAGAGGUCAAUGGUACCUACCGCUAAUUUAAAAAUACACACACUAUCCACAAAAAGACUAAAAUGGCGGUUAAUAAAAGUAAGUUACGUUAAUUAAGUAGCAGAAAACUGUUGUCCAUUGUAAAUCUAAAUGAGAGCAAAUAAACUCCAGUCUCCGCGUAUUAACUUUUUUAUUUCACAACAAUUACACUCACAGUCCGUGUAAAGGCUUACAUUAAGUAGCGAACUAAGCAACUUUGUCCCAUUAGCACAAGCGCACAAUUAAGUUAAUUGUCGCCAUUAUGUACAUGAUAAUUUCUCAACGCGCCACUCACCGCGGUAUACUCAUAGCUGACUGCAUAAAUUGUCCUUUUAUUCUGCUGAAUGAUGUAAUUGCUACUGCAUUGCUGUCUUCUUAUUCCUUGAAUAAAGAAAAAGAUCAAAGUGGGCGUUGUUCUACUACUAAGCUACUUAACAAACUACUUACUCAUCAUUUAGUUGAAUAGUAUUUUUGUUGUCGGAUGAUGUGUUUGCUAAUUAAUGCACUGGUGUCUUCUUUCUCUUUGUCACACCUGCAAAGAAUGAAAUUAAUCAGGUUUCCCAAUAAACUCUACGUCGUAGAUGUUAUUACUGCUGAAUGAUAUGUUUGCUACUGCAUUGCUGUCUUCUUGUUCCUUGUUACACUUGUAAAGAAUGAAAAAUAUCAAAUUGCGCGUUGUUCUUUUGUUUUGUUCUACUACUAAGCUACUUAACAAAGUACUUACUCAUGACUUAGUUGAAUAGUAUUUUUGUUGUCGGAUGAUGUGUUUGCUAAUAUACUAGUGUCUUCUUUCUCUUUGUCGCACCUGCAAAGAAUGAAAUUAAUCAGGUUUCCCAAUAAACUCUACGUCGUAGAUGUUAUAACUGCUGAAUGAUAUGUUUGCUAUAACUGCAUUGCUAAAUCCGCCAAUCAAUAGUGUAAAUUUUUGAUGUAAUUAUUGCCAGAGCUACUUAAUACACUACUAAGUUAUCAUUGCGUCGACUACAAAUUUUUCCUUCAAAAAUCAAAAUCAAAAUUCAUUUAUUUCAAGUAGGCUCAGCUUACAAGCACUUUUGAUACGUCAGUUGACUAUUUGUAACGAUUCUACCACCGGUUCGGAAGGCUGGUUCUGCUGAGAAGAAACCGGCAAGAAUUUUGACAGUUGCUCUUUUUAAAAAUUCAUACAAUAAUUAUUACUAAUUUACAAUUGAUGACAACGUUACAAUUUCUUAUAGUUUUAUUUUCUGUGUGAAGGUGGAAGCUGAUCCAAUGGCUUCCAAGCGCCUUUAUCAUUAAGGAACUCAUCAAUGGUGUAGUAACCUCGACUAAGUAAAUGUUUUACACAUUGCUUAAAGCUAUGCAUUGGCAGGUCCAUCAUCUAUCCUUGUGCCGAGUGAUAUGUGCUGCACUGCUAUCUUUUUAUCACACUGCACAUUGUGAAAUAAAUCAAAUUGGUCCUUCAACAAUAGGUAUACAUGCUCGUAAUAGAAGUUACUACUGUACUACUAAGUAACUCAAUAAACUACUAACUUAUUACCGAUCUAGUUGACUACAUAAAUUGCCAUUUUAUUGUGCUAAAUCUUGACCUCUUAUAAUAAAAGGACGCAUAAUCAUGUAGAUAAUUUGACUCAAAAACUGGCCAAUUAAGCUUUGACGGAUUGAUUUGAGGAAGAAUUAUCGGUAAAGAAAAUUAUACCUAAAAGCCUUUAAGUAUAGUCCAAUAUUCAAUAAGAACCCAAAUUAAGAGCAAAUUCAAUCAAUUAAGGAUUUAAGGUUGAAUUUGCAAAUGCGACUACUUGAAUUGAGUGCCAAGAAGUUGUGUUUGGCACUCAUUGAAUGGGGACGUUUUUUGGUCGCUGAUUGUGCAUCCACUUUUUAAUAGGAGAUCGAUGGCAAAAUCAUUAAAUGUUAUCGUUUUUGCAGUUUAUGUAAACGUAGAACGAAAUUCCAUAGGUAUUAUGGGCGGGUUAAUAAUAUUGAUUUAAAAAUCACUACAGAAAUAAUAAUACAAAUAUUAUAAGAAAGAAAAUGGUUGGCAUCGUAAAAACGAAUAAUUAAUGAUUGUAUAACGCGAAACCGCCGAUAAGUGAGCCAAUUAGCACAAACAAUAUAACGUAUGGUUUCACGUGACCACUUCGCACUCUUUCAAAACGGGACACACAUUUUACACUCGAUUGACUCGGGUGAUUCGAUUUUAAAUAAACAGUAAAGUCACUUAUCUGACCCGGUGGCCAAAACUGGAACUAACGCAAAGGGUAUAGGAAACCACAACACUACGAUGCGACUUCGCACUACACGAAUUCUACUUCUCUGACAUCGUAGAUUUUUACGAUGCGACGUCGCAUCGCAGUGUUGUGUUUUCGCCCUAAGAACUGACGUCGCGCCGGUCGCCAUUUUCAAAAAAAAUAUACAAAAAUUUCCACAACAGUGACACCUUUACAGGGCAAGAUAUAGUUUGGCACUAUAUCUGCCUAUCAAUUACGUAUCUCGCUGCCAGAUUCAAAACCUGACACUACAUCGUUUUUCUCCAUAGUUUCGUUUUUACGAUCAUCUACCAUGAUCAUUUUAACAACCCAGCUGGUCUUAUAUGUAAUUUUUCGUAUUUGCAUUUCUUUGUAUUUUAUUGAUUUGUGAAUUUCGAUACUGGUAAUUUGUCAAUAUUGAUAUAACUAUAACUACAACCACAACACAUUUUUUUAAGAACUGCAUAAUAUGUAUAACUUUUCAACUACAAGUUUGAUAAUGUGUUAAUUAUACUGGAAACCUAAUUUAUUUCACAACAUUAUUUUUUUUUUAUUUUAAUGAGUUUCAAAAUAUGAUUAUUUUCACUGUACCUUUUUAACAGAAAAACUCACACCAUCUUUUUUACCAUUUGGUAAGAUGAACCAAUCCUAAAAUAGUUAUUUUAAGCAGAAUUAAAAAAAAUCUGAAAGAUUACUUUUCAGAUUAGGAUGAAGCAUUCGUUAUUUUAUUUAAAGGCCGUUCGUAUAUCCUAGGAAAUAAAUCGUUUUUUUUUUCAAGAUCUAAUGGGACAGUCCUACAAAAAACAGUGCGACUGGUCAUACGACGUAUGGUUUAUAUUGCUAUUUUCGUUGAACGCACCGCGUGAUUCAUUUAAUUAUUGCGCUUUAUUUUAUCACAGGGUUCGUUCGAAUCGCAUUCGUAAGACUUGGGGGACUUUUGAGAGGUCAAGCGUGCAAUUUCACAUUGUGAAUUCGAUUCAUACGGUCACGCCUUUUUUAACAUUUUUGAAAAUCUUGUUUUUUUACUGUGUACGUAAUAUGAUCACAUCACACUUCACAAUAUCACACUGAUAUUGUAAAAGCGAAAGUUUUUUACGCUGCGGCUAUAGAAGCGAUUUGACUGAAAUUUGGAAUGGAAAUGGAUUUUACUCUGGAUUAACACAUUUUUUUUUACUUUUCAUCCCGGAAAAUUCCAUGGUUCCCGCGAGAUUCGUGAAAAACUGAAGUCCACGCGGACGAAGUCGCGUGCGUCCUCAAAAUAUAAUAACGGGGUAAUAUUAUUACAAAACUGGGUUCAUCAUUAUUAGCCUAGUUUGACGGCCCCCUAUAGGGCCUCCAUGGUUAUAGAACACUGCCACCAAUGAUUUUAAUACUAUUAGAUAUGUUACGUACCUACAAAAUCACCGCAAACAGUGAUCCGAACUGAGCGCCCACAUGCACAAUUUUGUGUUUACUUAUAUUAUUUAUUUAUUUGUAUAUAGUUUUUACACUUUCUGAACACACAACUCAACAUUUUACACAAUAUUUAGGUGUUAUAAGACCUCUGUCUUGUAAAGCGCACACCACUGCGCCACGGAGGCUGUCAAAAAGUUUAAAAUUCAAUUGCCUGAUCGUACUUAUUAUAGGAGCAUAGAUAGACCGACAGUUUUUAUAAAAUAAUGAGGGUAUGACCAUACACACUCUUAGACUACAGCAAUCAUUAAAAUUUUCAAUUUCAUUGACAAUUUUUGACUUGAACAUGAAAGUAAAACUUGAUAUAUUUUUCUAUUCUAAUAAGAAGCGACUUUUAAAUGAGUUUUUGGUAACGGAUUUUUAUUAUAAUUGUAAUUGAAAUAAUAGAAUAUGUAGAUCACACUACCUAAUAGUUUUUACUUAGAGUUUGAUAUUUGCAAAAUACCAGUUUAAUAAUUUAAGAAAUUCUUUAUAUAAAACCAUAAAAAAAAUACGUUUUAUAGUUGGAAAAUUGAAAGUGAGGAUACUUCGAACCUGCUAGUUCCCAAAUCUAGCUCAAAACUUCAUAUUUGCCUUUAGCACUAUUCUUUGGAAGGCGCAUGAGCAUAUUCAAAAAAUAAUUUUAAGUUGGAAUCUGGGAAAUUAAAAACAAGAGAAGAUUGGGUAAUAAAAAAUAUACACAUAUGUUUUUUUAUUACCCAAUGUAUGUAAAAUAUUCCUUACCUACAUGUAAAUUUUACAUGCAUAUAAAAAAUGAUGCCUACAUACAUACAUACAUUAAGUAAGAAAGAUUUUAUAUCUAGUUCUCUGUUUCUUGGACCAAAUCUUCUUAGUUUCUAUUUCUUAGUAUUCUUAGUUUCGAGUUCUUAGUUUUCCUGUGUCGGGGCAAUUCCAUAUAUAAUGUUUGGUAUUUUGCAAAUAUCAAGGGUCAAGGUGGAGAUUAUCGCAAUGUAUAUUUUGUAGCAGAGAACAAUACGUUUAGGUACAAAGUAAUUAAGUUUAUUUAUAUCUAUAGAAAUCAGAAGUGAUACAUGGAUAUUUGUAAAUUGACUAUCACAUUAUUGUAUAAGAUGUAAAAAGUAUGUUAUGUGAGUAACUUAUUGAAUCAAAAUAUAACAUUAUAAAAACCA